AUGGUGAGCAAAACAGAGGAAGAACAAGUGAAUAGAUUGGAAACCCAAGUGGAGAACGGGGGAGGCGGCGCGUGGGAUUACCUCUGCCUCGUCAGAAAGCUCAAGCUUCGCCGGUCGGACAAGGUCCUGAAGUACGGCUGUUCGAUACUUAACGACCCCAAAAAGCGAUCUGCACUUGGCCCAGAAGAAUGGACUUUAUAUGAGCAAGUUGCUGUUGCAGCUAUGGACUGCCAACGUCUUGAUUUGGCUAAGGAAUAUGUCAGGGUUUUACAGAAGAAAUUUCCAGAGAGUAAACGAGUUGGUAGGCUUGAAGCAAUGUUGCUUGAAGCUCAGGGAAAGUUGGCAGAGGCUGAAAAGGCUUACUCGAGCUUAAAAUCGAAAAGGCAACCGCCACCUAUUUUCUUCGCCGAACCAAAUACUCAAUCAAAUUCCUUUGUCGGAACUGAAGAAUAUAUUGCACCGGAAAUUAUUACAGGUGAAGGUCAUAGUAGUGCAAUAGAUUGGUGGGCUCUUGGUAUUUUGCUCUAUGAAAUGCUUUAUGGACGCACGCCAUUCAGGGGAAAGAAUAGGCAGAAAACAUUUGCCAAUAUUUUGCACAAAGACCUUACCUUCCCGAGUAGCAUCCCGGUAAGUCUCUCGGGAAGACAACUGAUCCAUGCAUUGUUAAAUCGAGAUCCAGCGUGCCGUUUAGGAUCGAACGGUGGUGCGAAUGAGAUCAAACAACACCCAUGGCGGAGAGUUCGUUUGUCCACUUUCCUCCAAGUUCCCAUCUUUUCUUCAAUCCUUUCCCUCACCGCCGAUUGUAUACAACUAUCACCUCUCUCUCUCAGCCACGGGAAAGCGCCGUCUGCCGCCUCUGCACGGCGAUCACAACCAUCAGCCGCCUGUGUCUAUCUCCUAUUGGCCGUCACUAUCCUCGCCACCUCUCCCAGAAAUCUCAUACUUUUGAUAACCCUAGCAGCUGGAAGCACUAUGGGAAAGAAAAAAUCCGAUGAAGCUGCUACUGGUACAAAGUCUAAGCAGAGUGGUAAAGAGAAGCUCUCAGUGUCUGCAAUGCUUGCCAGCAUGGACUCGAAGCCUGAUAAGCCAAAGAAAGGACCAACUUUUAGUAAACUAAAACCCAAAGCUGCACCGAAAGUCUCGUCUUAUACAGAUGGGAUCGACCUUCCGUCCUCUGAUGAGGAGGAAGAUGACGUGUUGGGCUCUGAGGAAGAGCAAAAGCAGUAUGAUACCCAUAGAAACCCUGCUCGGCAGACUAGAACUGAUGCGAGGCCCCUCGAUAUUAACAUUAGCAACAAAGAGUUGAAAAAACGAGAAAAGAAGGAUCUGUUUGCUAAUCAGGCUGCUGAGCUGGCGAAGCAGGAGGCCCUCAGGGAUGACCGUGAUGCAUUUACUGUGGUAAUUGGUAGUCGAGCUUCUGUUCUUGAUGGUGAGGAUGAAGCCGAUGCGAAUGUCAAAGAUAUAACUAUCGAUAACUUCUCCGUGUCCGCUCGUGGGAAGGAGCUCUUGAAGAAUGCAUCGGUUAAAAUUUCCCACGGGAAGAGAUAUGGGCUGGUUGGGCCUAACGGUAAGGGUAAGUCUACCUUGCUGAAGCUUCUCGCUUGGAGGAAAAUACCCGUGCCUAAAAACAUUGAUGUGCUUUUGGUCGAGCAAGAGGUUGUCGGUGAUGACCGAACGGCACUUGAAGCAGUUGUUUCCGCCAAUGAAGAACUAAUUAAGCUUCGACAAGAAGUCGCGUCCUUGCAGGAUGAUGCAUCGAAUGUGCCAGCUGGCGAAGAAGAAGAUGAUGACGAGGAUGAUGAUGUGGGCGAGAAGCUUUCGGAACUUUACGAGAAGUUGCAGUUGAUGGGUUCGGAUGCUGCCGAGGCUCAAGCCUCGAAGAUUCUUGCCGGCUUGGGUUUUACUAAAGACAUGCAGAUCCGUGCCACACGGUCCUUCAGUGGCGGUUGGAGAAUGAGGAUUUCAUUGGCUCGAGCACUUUUUGUUCAGCCGACUCUUUUGCUUCUAGACGAACCUACCAAUCAUCUGGACCUCGGGCCGUUCUGUGGCUAG